AGCGGUAUUGUGCUUGAUUGUGCUCUACACCGACUGCACUAACCAAACCUAACUCGAACAUAACCUAAUCAACCGGGUGUGUGUAUGUACUUUUUUGCUUCCGUAGAGGAGAGCCACAGUGACCUGUCCUCUUGAUCGUUCCAUUUCUCGAGCACGUUGUGUAGGGUUAUGCCGGUACCGUUCCCGCACGCACUCACGCACGCACGUAUUGACGCGAAAGAAUGGACGAAGCAAUCACCACGCCGCCUACGUAUAAAUGGGAUUUCUUCGAGCGGAUUUAUUGUGUAGAAUUUUCGCCGUACGAAUGGUCGCAACAUUUAAUCUGCAUCGCCCUCACCAGGGAAAUCGUCGUCGGUACUUUUAGAUUUCAGGAUGAAGAUGACACUGUGGAAGACAUGGUGUAUAAUCCUGUCAGAUCGUUUCACCAUGACACUAGACCUCAUGCAAUUGCUUGGAGUCCAGAAACUUCUUUGAGUGUUGUUCCCAAAAUCUUAUCCUUCUGUGUUGCUGGUGCAGAUUUUAAAAUAAGAUUGUACAAUAGCAAUUUAAGUGACACAAAUGUGUAUGAGGAUUUAAAAGGACACAAGGAUUAUAUUAAUGCAAUAUCCUAUGAACCAGAGGGUGAAUUAUUAGCAUCUGUUUCUGAUGACCAUACAUGCAAAUUGUGGGCCCUUAAAGAGGACCCAAAGUGUGUAUCCACAUUUUAUUUGACAUCACCUGGUGUCAGUGUAUGUUGGCACAGUGAAGAAUCUGGCAAGCUCUUAGUGGCUGAAAAAAACGGUUUAAUACGUAUGUAUAAUGUUAGAAGUCAACAAGCGAUUAUGUCGCUUGAUUCUGGUGUUAUUCCUCUAACCACAGCAGACUGGGGACCUAAUCCUCUAAAAGUUGCAUCAAUAGCUGCUGGAGAAUUACUUUUAUGGGAUGUAUCUAGACCUAGCCGUGCCUUUGAAUCACAUCCACUGCACCUAGAAGGAGGUCUAGCAGUAAAAUUCUCACUCUCAAACGAACAUUUAGUCGCGAGUAUCGGAUGGCCAGAUAAUUUAGUGAAAGUUUCUAAUUUAAAAACCAAACAAGUGAUAUUAUGUGGAAAAGUUAAAUUAGUGGGUGGAAUGACGUGGCACCAUAAAUUACCUUAUGUCUGUGCUGGAAGUGAUAGAGAACUGUGUUUCUGGAGAGUGAAUAUAAAUUAAGAUUUUUCCUUGGUACUCCAUCACUCCGUGCCUUUAGUCUCACUCGAGGAUAUUUACGGCUAUUUGGCACACUGUCCUCCCCUUCUAGUAUCCUUUCUGUGUAUCAACUAUUCCUUAUUUUUUUCUUAAUCUUUUCCAAUCUUUAUUCCUAAAUGUUCCUUGAAAAUAAUUGCAAUUGUUUUCAUUCAAACAGGUUCGAAUCCAUCUUUAUGCCACAGCAGUUAAACCAGAACUUGUAUGUUAAGAUAUAUUGAGUAAGGCUAAUUUUGUCCACAAAAAGAAAAUCUCUCUCAGACAUUUCAUCAAUUUUUUAUAUUAAAUUAUCAUAGAAGACAAGAUAGAGAACUUAAUACUUUUUUAUUUUUAACAUAAUACUCUCGAUUAAUCAGUUAUUAUACAAUAUACUAAGUU